GUUAUAAUUAAUACUGAUUAAGAAUCUAUCUCCCCCACCAUCAUCACCAUGAUGUCUAGUUCAAAGAGUGUCAGUAGCAGUGGUAGUGAGGAUGACAAUGAAAUUAGAAGAGGGCCUUGGACUCUUGAAGAGGAUAAUCUUCUCACACAAUCCAUUGCUAACCAAGGCGAAGGACGUUGGAAUUUACUUGCUAAAUGUUCAGGAUUAAAGAGAACAGGAAAAAGCUGCAGAUUAAGGUGGCUGAAUUAUCUAAAGCCGGAUGUAAAGAGAGGAAAUUUAACACCACAGGAGCAGCUUUUGAUUCUUGAACUUCACUCAAAGUGGGGGAACAGGUGGUCAAAGAUUGCACAGCAUUUACCGGGCAGGACAGACAAUGAAAUCAAGAACUACUGGAGAACCAAGAUUCAGAAACAAGCAAGGCAUUUGAAAAUCGACACCGAUAGCAGAGAGUUUCAAGAACUAGUGAGGCGUUUUUGGAUUCCAAGAUUGCUUCAGAAAGCAAGAGAAUCAUCCUCUUCUUCAGCCAUGCCAAUCCAAAACCAAGCAACUAUGCCUGUUUCUCAGUAUUCACCAGCAGCAACAACACCACCACCUUGUGUGCACCCAACAUGUCCAAAUUAUUUGGAUCAACGACUUGAGCAACACAGCAAUGGUUCAUGCGUAUCCUUCUCUGAACCAAAAUUGCCUCAGUUAUUGGGAUACAACUCCAACAAUUUUGGUAAUGGCUUGGAUACCGAUGAAUUUGGGACCUUCACAUAUGAUUAUGGCUACCAUGUAAAUAGCAAUGGCUAUGACAAUGAGACCCUCAACAUGGAAUACCCUGUUGAUGAUUGCCAAAUGGCAAGACACAAUUGGGUGAAUGAUUUUGCAUGUGACUUGUGGAACAUGGAUGAAUGCUGCCAAUUUAGUAACUUUAAAAAAUAA